UGAGAUGCGACAUCUUUGUAUUUUGUUAUCUUUGGCUUUUUUUGGAUUGCCAUAACGGAUUUCUAUUUUACCAUAGAAGAUAGAACUGCGCAGAACCGUUAGAAGGAGAAAAGACAAAGAUAGGUUUUGUAAAAGCCCAAUGUGUUCUCAAUACUUUUGGAGAGUGAAAAAUACAGAUACAAGGGUGCAGCAUCCAUAUCUGAAGGAAUUUUUCUCUAAUCUCCGAUCUCUUCAAUUUUGAUAAAAACGUAGGAUUUCAUUGCUUGUAAAAUAAAUUGGAUGGGUGUAUUGUCUUGUGCGAUAAAGAUUGAUUAAAUUUCAUUAAAAAAUAAUAUAUAUUUAAACAAAUUAAUUUUUAGUCAUUUAUAUUUAAGUAACGAGUUUGAAUAAGUUGAAUAAGAUUUAUAGUUUCGAUGUAUGAAAUGCUAAAUCCUGUGGAUACGGAGUAUAGAGAUAAAUUUUUAUUAAGUGAAAAAUUACAUUCAAAAAUAUAAACAAGGUCAUAGAUUAUUUUUCAAAGGAGUGGUCAGGUGCUUAAAAAAACCCGCGUCACAAAUGAACAUUUUACAUCGUUCGUAACCAACACUGAUAGUUAAUGCUACAGUAGUGAUGAAGACUUUUAAUCAGCUACAAUUAUAAUACGUAUUUCAUAAUAAAUGCAAUAAAUUCAUAAAUAAAACUUAUAUCAAACAAAUCAUAUUGAAGCCACUAACCAGUAUUAGAUUAAAAACGAAAAAAACAAUAUACUAAUGACGACAAAUGAAAUAAAUCCUCCGUCCAAAAGGGGAAAAAAUUCAACUGGUAACAUGGCGCAUUCAUUAAGCACACUGUCAGGAGUUGAUGGUAUAACAUCAACUCCUAGACAUAAUGCUGGAAAAAAAUUGGCAGUUCGGGUUCAAAUGCUGGAUGGCUCAAUAACAAUGUUUCAAGUACAGGCAAAAGCUGUAGGAAAGGUUCUCUUUGAACAAGUGUGCCGUCAGCUAAAUCUUCUUGAGGCUGACUAUUUCGGCUUGGAGUAUCAAGAAAACACCACUCGUACUAAAUAUUGGUUGGAUCUUCUAAAACCACUUAAUCGACAAGUAGGACUAUCGUUAAUUGAACCAUUGCUUCGGUUUUGUAUUAAAUUCUAUACACCUGAUCCAUCUCAGCUUGAAGAAGAGUACACGAGGUAUCUUUUUUGUCUUCAAAUAAAGCGCGACUUAGCAACGGGCAGUUUACAAUGCAAUGAUAAUACUGCAGCCUUACUUGCAAGCUAUAUUGUUCAAGCAUCAUGCGGUGAUUUCGUACCGGAAGAUUACCCAGAUCACACUUAUUUAUCAUCGCAUCAGUUUGUACCCCAUCAAGAUACACUGAUGCAAAGAAAAAUUAUGGAAAAUCACAAAAAGCACACUGGGCAAUCACCAGCCGAGGCCGAUAUGAAUUUGCUAGAAACGGCAAGACGAUGUGAACUAUAUGGUAUGAAGAUGCACUCAGCAAAAGACGUUGAGGGUGUCCCCUUAAAUUUGUCAGUUGCUCAUAUGGGUGUUGCGGUAUUUCAAGGAAUCACAAGGAUCAAUGUAUUUUCUUGGGCAAAAAUAAGAAAAAUAUCGUUUAAACGGAAGCGUUUUCUUAUAAAAUUACAUCCCGAAGGAUAUGGUUAUUAUAAGGACACUGUUGAAUUCUUCUUUGAUGGUAGAAACGAGUGUAAAAACUUCUGGAAAAAGUGUGUCGAAAAUCAUGGAUUUUUUCGUUGUGUUUCGGUAAAAAAUUUACCUAGACGAAAAACUAGAGUUCUAUCAAGAGGAAGUUCAUUUCGAUACAGUGGAAAAACCCAAAAACAGAUUAUUGAAUUCGUCAGGGAAAAUUACGUUAAACGACAAAAUUUUCAAAGGUCUCAGUCAUUCCGUCAAGGACCACUGAACGCUAGUAGUCGAAGUCAAUCGCAUUCCUAUGUGAAUUCCAGCAUUUCAGCCAAUCCCCUUCUCCCAAUUGAUACUGCGGAUUGGGACAGUCGCUAUCCUUGCAACACUUCGACGACGCAUUUUUCGACGAGGAAAUCAACGGAUACCUGGGGUCACCAGAGAGACAUUCUUACAGACCCCAAGCCUUCUCAAGUAACAGCAGCCCAGGUGGAGAUUUAUCAGACGAAGAAUUAUGCGCCGGAAUCGCCAAUAUUAGAAGUGGAACACCAACACCGAUCGACCCUGGACUUGGACCAAAUGACUAUGCAAAGAUCUGCAUCCCAUCUGGGCCCACAAUCGUGGAACUCACCCAUACACAACAAAAUGACCAAUAUAAGAGACCAAGAUCAGGCUCAUGUGCUUCUCGGCAAAUACAAUUUAGGUCAGAGCCAAUCAUCCCUCUUAUUCAAGAACAACAGCCCUCAACGAGUCUCAGUGGGAUCUCAAGCUUGUGUCAAUGUACCUCUUCAGCAGCAACAAACAACCAAAACAACAAACAUCAAAGACUUCAAUCAACCAAAAAUUCAUUCGGCGGAUCUCAGCAACUCAUCGAAAGUGGAACAAUCCGAGGAGGAGGAGGAGGAGGAGGAGCAGGAAAUAAUGUUAUCGAAGAUUCAAAAGUCUUCGGAAUCGAUAACGUCUACUAUAAGUCAGGAGAAUAUUGCCCCCCUACAGCCCCAGUCACAACAUUCCACACCAAUUCAUUAUAGCAGUACGAAUUUUUUGACGUCUAAACAAAGUUCAAUUAAUAAUAAUACAUCAAUCGAAACAGAAACUGAUAAUAUAAUUUAUACAGACAUUAAUGAUAUCUAUCAUUACAAGUAUCCACAUGAAUAUACUACAAGUGCAGUCGAACAUAAAAUAUCAAAUGAAAAUAAUUUGAAUCUUAUUAACGGAUGCGAUAUAUAUGCAACAGUUAAUCGAAAAACUAAAUCUAAAUCAAAAAUAAAUCAUAUUAGUGAUGAAUUUCUUGACCAAUCUAUUAAAAAACAUGUACUAUCGAAAAGAAAUAAUUUCAAUGAAACCUUAAACCAAAACUACCUAACGAAUAAUCGGCACAUCGAUUCAAGUAGCUUUCAUAAGCAAUACACGAAUGAUUCAAAUGACAUGGUUGACUCUUCUUCCGAUUCGUGUGCUUUUAAAGAAAAUAUUAAAAUUGACGAAUAUAAAAAUGUAACCCAAUCUGAACGUUUUGUUGGUAUGAUUGAGACACAAUAUGUUUGUUGUGAAACUCUUCCAUUGCCAACAAAGUCUGAACUUUCUUGUGUGAAUUCAGUUGAUUCAUAUGACAGUCAUUACAAAGCUCAUGAAUCAUAUGAUACAUUACAAGCUAUUCAAAAUCCAAACUUUUCAAUGUAUGUGAAUGAACCUAAUGUUUCUCAAACAACUGAAGUUUUACAAUAUUCAUCGAAUAAAGUUGAUGUCGAACUUUCGAAUAUUCAUCUUUAUUCGGCUGCUCAAUUAAAAGAACAGGAAGAUGGAAAUACUGAUUAUUAUAUGGAGAAAGAAUCGUGGUUGAAAAGCAGUUCUUGUAGGGAUCUUCUUAUAGAAAGCGAAAAAUCUAAACCGGUAAUAACCUAUGUAAAAGGCUUUCUGUCUUAUAAUAGAAUAGAAUCUCCAGUUACUCGAUAUGAUGAUUCCAGUCAUUCCUUGUAUCUAAACAAAAAUCAGUCUAUUGAUAAUUAUCAAAAUUUCUCUACAAUAAUAAAUUCCAAAGUUUAUUCUUCGAGUUAUCCAGGAAGUACGCGACAUAAUUAUGUCUAUCAUAAAAAGAUGUACGCAAACGGACAGUUAAUGGAAUACUCAGGAUCACAAGAUGACAUUUCACAUGACAGCUAUGAGCUUUUGGAGAAAUAUGAUCAUGACUUCUUUGAUAAAUACGUUAGAUCCGAUGAUAAUAUUCGAUCAUGUUCUAUUGAUUCAGGCAAUUUUAUCCCAAGUGAUGAUGAGAUUGCAUCGGGGAAUCAAAAAUAUCGUUCUGCUAUGGAUGUUAAGUGUAAAUCAGCAGCUGAUAUUAUGAAUGAAAUUUGGGAUUCAGAAGAUCCAAGAUAUUUGCCACGAGAAAAGCUAAGUGUUAAGUCGGAUGGGAGUUUUUAUAAAAAGGUUAGAGAAGCUCAGGAUUCGCAAAGUUCAAGUCAAGAAAGCCGCAGUGAUAUUUAUGAAACGAAGGUUUCUCGUAGUUCAGGUUGUAGUAAGAAAUCACGUGAUAGCUUGUAUCACACCGAUAGUAAAAAAUCACGUGAAACAUCAAAAAGCAAGACAUCUGUAGUUUCAAGUGGGGCUUCUAAAGAAUCUUUGGUAGAUGAUUUUUUCGUUCGAAAUUACGAAAUGCCAAUGACAACAGGGAAAAAAGUUAAAAAAGACUCUGCAAAUAAUCAAUAUCAGCAACAUUCCAGUGUUGAAUCGAAAAGUGAUUACUAUGAUGCACCGGAAUUCUUUGAAAGUGAUACUUUCAGUAGUCGCCCAAAAGUUAAAAGUAUUGGCAGUUUAAUAACGGAUUCACAUAGUACAAACUGUGAUACAUGUUCAACUUUUCCAUUCAAUAAAAACAACAAGACGGCUAAAGUUCACUCAAUUAGUCUACAAAAUGUAGAAAUUGAAAAGAAUGCAAAAUCAUUUGGAUCCAAAUCUCCAGAUAAUCAUUAUGCCAACAAAAAUCAAGAGGAAAAGAUUAGUCAGCCAAGUAAUGAGAUCAAAUAUAUAAAAAGUCAUGACAAAGAAUGCCAAACAACAGUUGCUUUCCGUCGUAAAUCUGACAGUGAAAAUAUAUUUAGCUUUGAUCGAGAUAAGAUUGAAUCUUUAACUAGCUCUGUCAAGAAAAAUGAUAAACCUGAUAAAGAUAAAAGUAAAAAUAGUCCAGACUAUCCAUUGACUCCAGAACUUAUAUCUGAAUUUGAUAAACAGAUACAAACUCCCAAAACGAAAAAAACAACACGUAAGGAAGAACUUAUUGCAAAGACUCACUUUGAAGAAUACAAUCCAAAAGUAGUGAACAAAGCUGUUCAGUUUCCAAAUGUCUUAGUACCAUUGACAUUUAGCCAUACAACUGUAGAGCGAACUAAAAGUGAUCCAAAUUCAUUGGCAAAUCGAUCAAGUUUAUGUAAAAAUCAACGACGUCACGUACUAAUGCAUCAAAAAUCUAUUGAUUUAACUCCGGCUGACUCAAGUGAUGAAGAUUAUUUCUAUAAGCAAAUACCUAGUGCACCGCCACAGUGUAAAACCUUUGGCAACUUUGAAAUACCUAAAAGCUAUGAUAGAUCUGUAAUUUCAUUAGAUAUAACUAAAACUGGUUUUGAAACUCCAAAGAGUUUCUUUCACGAAUUUGAUUAUCGUGCUUCUAAAAAAGAAGAAAUUCCAUACUUUCUUCAUAAACGUCAUGUUAUUAAUAAUACAAUUUCUUCACCAAAUGAUAAAAAACAUCAAAAGCCUAAAAGUCCUAAAUCACCUAAAUCGCCCAAAUCUCCGAUAACUUCAAAUAACAAAAACAAACAAAGUUCUAAUGCAAUUCCAGAAAUGAGAGAAGAUUUCUUAUUCACACAAAAUGUUGAUCUUUCAAAAAUAGAUCCUGUUACAUUAGAAAUCGAGAAAUCCACUGGAAAGAAUGAACUUCUUAGCCCCAAAUGUACUAAAGCUAAACAGCAAAAAGAUAUGAAGCUAUUGGAAAAAUUAAACAAGAAAUUAAAUAAAAUCGAAAGCGAAUCUACUACGACUUCUAGAAUAGAUAGCAUUCAUAAAGAAAAACCGACUCGCACUUUGGAACAAGAACAGUGUGAUAUUAUUGCAGAUAUUAAAAAAGAAAUGAUGGCUACCGCUAAAGUUGUCAUGUCUAAGAAAAAUCUAUCAAAACCGAGAACAUCAAAUAAGAUGAAAAAAAGUAAGACACGAAUAACAUCUUUUUCAUCUGACGAUGAAAGUUUAGAUUCUGAUGAUGUUUUUGGAUCUACUGAGCCAAUUCCUUCGACUUUAGAAUUUUCACCACCACAAUCGAGGAAAGAAAUUGAACCAAUCUUGCGAAUAGAACAAAGUAAACUUAUAUCUGCAGCUUGGGGCCGAGGACAGACAAUGAGUUCUACAGAAAUCGAAGGAUCUCCACCACAAUGUCGACGUUUAGCUGAACUUGAAAGUCGCUACGAUACUCUUAGAUUUGAUUCUUCCACAUACCCUACUGCAAUAGAACUUCGUCGAAUUUCCGAACGAUCGAUUUCAAUUCCAAGCUCUGAAGAAGAAAAUUAUGUUUCAACAAAAAGUAUUUGCCAAAGUACAGGAGACUAUCAACGAAAAGAAAAUAUUCCCUUCCCUAUUCUUCUACCAGCCCUACACAAUACAGAACAAAUUUUCAAUACUAUUAAUGAUUCAAAGACAGUUGAAAUAAUUGACUAUAAGCUUAAGAAGAAAGAGUGUCCAACUCCUUCUAAGAUUGUAAAAAUAGAUCCCUUUAUCAGUGUUGAAUCAAAUGAAAAUAUUGAAAGUGUUCUUUCACAUGGUUGUCUUAAUUUAUCAGAAGGUUCUGGUCUUGCAAGCUUAGAGAAGCGAAAGACAAUUCUUGACUCUCCAUUAACGGAUCGUAGAGCAAAAAGUCUAGACAUUCCAGUUAUACCCAUGCAUAAAUUACCACCUUUGAAUGCAUUUUCUUCCAAGGAUGAUACCAUUGAAUUUGAAGAAGAAGCCGAAAUAUUAGAAGAAAAAGUACUAGAUCAUAAAGUACAUCAUAACAUCGAAGAAGAGGCGUCAGAUAGCGUUCGUUCUUGUGCAGGAUCAAUACCAUCGGCUCCGAUUUGCUAUUCUCCUUUCAAACGUGAUCUAAUGUUAAAAACUGUUAAUAUUGAUUCUGAGGAAAAGGAUCUUCUACAGCAAUUGGCAUUUAUUGAGAAAAUAGCAUUGAAAGGAGUUAAAAUCAAGGAUAGACAAAAAUCUAAAAUGGAGUUGAGGAGUGGUGAUCAUCUUGUUUUAGAUAUUCCAAAGUAUAAUUUUGAUUAUUCUCCUCUCAAUUCAUGUAACAGCUCGAGGAAAACAUCACCCGGUGUUUCUCGAACUAGCAGCUUAGAAAGUUCCGGAUUGAAAAAAUCUAAAAUGCGUUCUAAAAGCUGUGAUCCUAUGAAAUUGAAACAAAAUAUCGGAAACAUAAUCAACGCCAAGAAAGAGAAAAAAAGCGUGUCAAAAGAAAGUCUAUUCGAGGGCGAACGAAGACUUAGCAAAACAAAGAGUAAGUCACAAGAAGAAACUAAAGCUGAUAUUGCUAAACGUAAGGAAAGGCAGCAAAAACUAUAUGAAUCUGCAAUGAAGCAAACAAUAACCAUGCUUAGUCCAGUUUCUGAUAAACUUCCACCAUUUCCAACACCUGAAGAUAAAAUUUCAGUUAAGACAGAAGGUGAUAAAAUUAUCAUAGAAACUGAAUUUAAAAGUAAGGCCAAAGAUCACGUUUUGAUAGCUAAAUCACCUCGAAAGCUUGAUACUUCUCUUGUUAAAUUUAGUAGAAGUUUUGAUGAGGGUGGUUGUCAGAAAAAACUAGAAAAAGCUAAUAGAAGUUUUGAAGAUCGGAAAAAAUCAUUUGAAGAUUCUGAAAAAUCAGAUACAGCAAGCGAUGUAGGAGCGGAAUCACCUAAAGCAACCAAAGAAGUUAACUUAUCUGAAGAUAACAAAGCUUAUAACAAAGAUCUCAAACCAUCUAGUCUUGGAAAGACUAGUUCAACUGCUAAAAUGAAAAGCAUGCAUAGAAAUAAGAAUAAUGCCAAUAGAUUACUUAGCUCCGAUACCGAAACUAAAUCAGAAGAAAAACCGGAAAAAGUUCGAAGCGCAGUUGGUGACCGUAAAAUCUUUGCUAAUCAUCAUUUCUUCAAUGAAGAAAUUGACAUGCAGGCAGUUAUAUCGGAAAGAAGAUCACUUGAAAUACUUAAACGACAGUCACCUCGAUCGGAGGAUGCAGCUAGGGAUAGCGAUGGCAGUCAUAUGCCAUCAGCCGGGGAUAGUGUUGAUUCGUAUGUCUCUAUUGACGAAAGCACUUCUGAAAGUAAACCAUCAUUUACUGCCGAAGAUUUUCCACACAGAGUUCCAACUAUAGAGUGCGAAGAACCGUCAAUAGAUGAUGACGAUGAUAAUUUAAACGAAUGCCGUAAUUUAAAAGUAGCACGAUUCGGUAACAAUCAUAUUAGCUUCGACCGUAGCCGUAGUGAUGAAACUGGUUCAUGGAUGACUUUAGAAUGUGAAGAAUAUAUUGGAUCUGAUACAUCAGAAAAUGAACCUCGAACUUUUGAACCCGAUAGAGAUGCUUUUGUUAAACAAAGUUCAUUCGACGAUACUGGGGAUUUGAAUGCUAUGGCAUCAAAAUCUGCUGAACAAAAUAUUCAAAAAGGAUUUCCAAUCGGUAAUCCAUUAUUGAAAAAAUCUUUAACCAAAACAGUUGAAAAACAAAAAGAAGGAUCUGAACCAGAAGAAAAACAGAAAGGCAAUUUUUCACAGAGUGAUAAAUCAAAGAGUUCAGAUUCGUGGACGAGUGGAGAAGGAGUAGCAAUUAGUCCAAAACUAGGAACUGAGCAAUAUGAAUUGAGUCUAUCAUUCAGUGGAAAAGAAAAAAGUUCCAUAGACGAUGAGUCCAGUGUUAGUUGUUCAAUUGCACGUCCGUUGGGCAUUUCACAAGACUUUGGAGAACUUGAAAAUACCAAAUGUUUAGAACUUAAGGAACAAAUGCUUAAACUAAAUUGUGAAAGUGUCGACAAUCUCGCCAAUCUACCAGAUAACAUGACUACCAAAGUCACAGUAAACAAAGCUUCGACGCCUGUUUUAGAAAAACAAAGCCCAGUCGAUUUUGGGACAAGCACUGAAGUAUUUCUAGACGAAAUGGAGGAAAGCAAAGUUGACUUGAACAUAAGUACAGUCAAAAUUCCUUCUAUAUCCAAGCCUGUUCGAAAAAAGACAUCAAAAAGUCCCAAUUCGACUGGUUUCGAGCUUGUAGUAAAACUUGCAAAAUCAGGUAGUGAUCAGAGUUCACAGGAAUCCAAAUCAAGUUUUGACUCAAAAGCAUCUUUAAGUGUUGAAUCAAAAGGAUCAUUUGAAACUGAAAGUAGUUCUGGUUCACUUGGACAAGCUCAGCGUCAAGGUGAGCUUUUACAACAACAGCAACAGCCAACUUGGAAAUCUUUUCCAAUGGAAAGCUCUGGAAGUUCUAGUAUGGAAGAAGCAUUUCCAAAUAUAGACCAUGAAUCAUUUGAAUCUAUUGAUAGUUUUAUUGCUUUAAGAGAUUCUUCUGACAGUGAUUACAAUAAUCAUUUCUUUAAGACCCAAAAAGGAAACGAUAUACAAUGCCAAGAUGAACUUAUCGACUUUCCAACUACAUUUGGUUAUCCAGUCAUGACAAGCAGUCUAAGUGGUAUUGGAAUUAAUCCAACUGACAUAGUAGGCUAUAGUACUGUAUUCGGGACAGGAAGAACACUUUCUCGAAUAUCCGAAAGAAGUACAGCUUCAGAGAAGUCAAGUAUGGAAGAUGAUGUUAGUAAGGCAUCCACACAUUCAGUGAGUAUGCGAGAUGAAUCAGCUGGCUCAACUGAUCAUCAACCAAGUUUAAGUUCAGAUUCUCGCAGCAAUACAAAUAUGGCUUAUAUUUCGGAUGCCGAUAGAAGAACUUCGGCUGAAAUGCCAGAUAUACCUUGUGAUUCAGCUACCGGAGAACGUUUGUCUAGUAUAAGCAGUUUAAAUGAACCCAAGUCAUCAACUGUAAUAACAGGUAGAUUCGCAGUCACUCAAGUAAACGAGGAAACACCUGAAGAACUUGAUAGACAUACUUUAUUAUGUCUUUCGAAUCCUGGCAGCCAAGACUCUGAAGAUUGGCCAUUACCGGAAAUACCUUAUGAUUUUAUGCCUGUUAAGCCAACUGAGCUCAUGUUUAUAGUGCCUGAUUUAGAAAAACCAGUGCCCAAGACAUUUUGUUGGAAAUCUCAAAUGUCUUUCCAAUCUCAAGAUUCUCAAGACUGGCCUUCACCGACAACAAAUGCAGGAGAAUCAUUUGCAGAAAAUUUAGAAUCAUAUUACGAGGGUCAAAGCGAUACAGAAAUUCCUGCUGAAUCCAAUGAUUUGCCCGAGGUUAAUUUAGAAGAUACAAUUAGUCCCAAUAAAAUGUCUUAUAAUUUUACAUCACCUCCCGAUGAAACUAAAGUCUUACCCUACGCAGAAACAAAUUAUUUUAUGACAUCAAGCUUUGAUACAAGAAAGGAAGUGGAUGAAACUUGCUUUUCAACAGUUGAAUACAAUCCACCCACUUGCUUGAGCUCUGUCUCAUUUUUACCAUAUGGGUUUAAUAAUAGCUGCUGCGUAUCUUACAAAUCUGUUCAAGAUACUUCUAUUUUGAAAGAAAAUAAUUCUGAAGGUAUCAUUAUUUCACAACCAACACGUUCCCCACAAAACUGUAGUCCGGUUUCGGUGGAAGAAGCAAAUUCCAAUAAUGAUGAUGUAUUUUUGCCUGGAACAGCAAAGAUUCAAUUAUCACCAGAUGAACAUCAAGGUCGCAAGAAUACUUGUGGUUCAUAUAACUCUGAUACAUCAAUGGAUGAUGUUCUUUCUAUAUCUGGGAUAACAUUACAAGAAGAUCCGAUAACUGUUCGUAGAUGUUACGAUAAACGUUUAAGCACAGGUUCAUAUAGAAAAUGUAGCCAUUCUAGUCAUUCGGAAGAAGAAACAAGUUCCAUUGGAACAGACCUUGAUGGAACAGUUCGCAUGGGCUUGCAAAUGAAAAAGUGCACUCAUAGCUCUCACUCAGAAGAUACUUCAAUUGGCUUAAGUAUAUCCGAAUGGUCAACUGGUACAAAUACUGUACACCAGUAUGCUAAUCUAUCAGGAUCUGAUAGUCUUUCAGCAGUCUCCAAUCAUUCGUUUGGAGUAAAAAGCGAAAAAUCAAAUCAUACUAAAUCCAGUUUAAGUUCAUUUAAUAAAUCUUCUGAAAGCCUUAAUUUAAAAAAUCCUAAUUUCUCUAAUACCAAACAAAUGUGUGUGGAAAAUAAUUCAUCAGAUUUGCGAUACGAUAUACUUUCAAGUUCUGAAACUGACAAAUGCUCAGAUUCUAUCACUAAAAGUGACGAUACAACAUUAACAUUAACAGAAAUGGCUCAAACCGUUACAGAAUGGUCCACUUCAAGCAGUCGGACACUAAAUGCAAAUGGAAGCCAAAAACCAACACCACAAAUACAAGAAAACAAAUCUCGACAAGAUUCUCUUGAAGCUAAAAAUAUGACUUCACCUGGAGAAGCAAAAUGUUCAUUUCCUUUGGGUUAUCAAAGUAAAAAUUCUUCAAAUACAGAAAUCGAUGAUGAAAGUAUAUUCUCAAAAAAUAUCAACGAAAAUAUGGAACAAUCUCAACGUGUUCGAUCUUAUCGUAAUAUUGUCUCGUCGAAAAAAGAUGUUUCUAUGUCAAAAGCUGCUAGAAAACGUCACUCUUUGGAAACUAUGUCGAAACGAUACCAAAGUCAAGAAAUUCCAUCUGAUGGAGACAUUUUUAAUGAGUAUUUAUACCAUCAAAAUGACAAACUAUCAGCUCGUUACCAAAGUCAGGAAUUUAUUCCAAUUCAACCACCUCCAUCGGAAUCAGCAGCAUUCACUCCAAAAGAGUUUUCAAUACCAGAAAAAUCUAUUCUGAAAUAUGACACCCCUUCUGAUCAAACUUUGUCUAGAACACAAAUUAAAAAAUGUAAAACAAACAAAUCAAAUAACUGUCGUUCGUUCCAUGAACAGUUUAUUGCAUUUAAUGAAGCAGCAUGCUCAUGUACAGAAGAAGAUUAUAUAAGUGAAGAUAGUCCUAUAGAUGUCCAACCAACAACAAAUCAAUAUGCAACAUUUAAAGAUAAAUCUUCGCCAACAUUUAAUCGAACUGAUAUCUCAUUUAGAGAUUUACCUGAUUUACCACCACCACCACCCCCUAAUCAAAUUGUAAUUCAAAAGCCUCUAAGAAGGGCAUCAUUAACUCGAACAAAAGUUCUACCAAGCGGCGACGAUACCGAUAGCUGUUUGGAUUUAAGAAAACCAGAACUCGAUGAAAGAUGUCGGGGCUUCCGUAAAAAAAGACCAAUACCAAAAAAACGAACACGCUCGGAUCGUCUUCAUACAGAACAUAAAGAUAUGGAAAGUUCUGAAGAUUAUCUUUCAGAAUAUGAAAUAAGUCAAGAUAGAUCAUGUGAAGACGUCACACAAGAAAUUGAUAAUGAUUUUAAUGAUUAUCAUUCAUAUCAAGAAUUUUUCGGCAUUGAACAACAUGGAAUGAGUUCAAGUAAUGUAGACGAAAUGGGUUUUCCACGAUAUGACCGUUUACAACAGAUAACAAAUCGAAUGUACUCUCAAUCUAGUAACUUUGUACCUUCUAUACCAACAACAUCAUCCAAAAAGCCUUUAAAACCACCUCGACAAAAAGAAAUCCAAUUGAAUCGUGAAGAACCGGAAAUUACAUCAGUAAUUGAAUAUCCAGAAUAUCGAAGAUUGCAAUGUAAAUGUGAUGGUCCAUGUAAUUGCAACGAAACACAUACUCAGCAGAUGUCUGAAGAAAAUGAAGAGGAUUACUUAAAACAAGAAUUUAAUAUUCAAAUUGAUCCACCUGAAAAUAUUGGAAAUGUCUCGGAUUAACUAUGUUAAUUUUUGAUAAUUUUGAAUAUAAACUGUGUUCUAAAAAUGUA